AUGUCGGUUGAUAAUAGAGCGAAGUGGAAGUGCAUUGUCUGUAAGACAGGCUCGGUUGGGUCGUCGGAUAGUGCGGCGUUAUCAGUGCAAGCAUUGUCUACUGCCGGCAAUGCCGAUAACAAACAAUCGCUUUCUGUGUUGGAUAUACAGGCUAUUGGACGUGUAGUUAAAGAAAUAAUAAGUUCUGAACUGUCACCCACAUUCAAAGAAGAUUUCCAAUCAGUGAAACAUUCUAUAGAAUUCAUGUCCAAUGAGUUCGAUUCUUUCAAAAACGAUCUACUAAAACAUAAGGAAGAAGUUAAUAAAUUAAAUAAGGAAGUCAUGACACUUAAACAAGAAAAUGAAAAAUUGAAAAGCGAAGUGGCGGAAAUGCAGGGAUAUACGCGCAAAGACAGUGUUGUUGUAACGGGUAUUCCAGAAACAAAAAGUGAAUCGGUGUUUGAACUUUUCAAUAAACUUUCUUCUGUUAUUAAAAGUCCUGUUGUUUCGAAUGGUCUGAGUACUGCACAUAGACUACCAUCUCGGGGAAAAGAGCAAAUCAAGCCGAUUGUCUUCAAAUUCGUUCGAAGACAAGACAAAGAAGACUGGCUGGCCGAUUUCAAACAAGCUGCAAGUGAAGAUAAUGGAGGUGCGGGGAUUUCUAGUUUAGAGCCUAAUAAGAAGCCUGUACAAUGCAGCAAGGUGGCGGCCCCACCAUUGAACUUAACCUGCGCAGCGCUCGUAACGCGGCCGGGGGAUCUUCGACUUACUGGUGAACUUCAAACAGCCUCGGAUAGGACCGGAAAAACGGAUAAACAAAAUGGACUGCCAAAGAAAAAACGAUUUGGAAUAACGGAAACAUUGAUUUUUGCAACCUGGAAUGUGAGAGGUGUAAAUAAGAAGGAGGGCGAGCUGAUGAAAGAGCUGAAACACCGUAAAGUGAACGUAGCAGUGAUCACCGAGACCAAGAAAAAGCUAAAAGGCACCAAGGAUUGGGGAGAUUACGUGGAGGUUUGGAGUGGUGUUGAACAAAAUAGGAGAGCUUGUGCUGGAGUGAUGGUGUUGGUUGACCGGAAAUGGAAAAAUAGAAUAGAGAGCUAUGCCUUUGUCGAUGAAAGAGCUAUAAGAAUCAGAUUUAAAGUAGACAGAGGCUUCUUGACAUUGAUUGGUGUGUAUGCUCCAGAGGAAGGAAGAAAGGCAGAAACUAUAGAGUUUUAUGACAUUUUACAGCGACAACUGAAAUCUUGUAAGAAAUCAGACUAUGUCAUUGUUGCUGGCGAUUUGAAUGCUCGUGUUGGAAAUCAUCCAAUUCCACAGGUGGUAGGAACUUUUGGAGAAUGUCAUUUGAAUGAGAAUGGGAGACAUUUACGUGAUUUCUGUACAUUCAAUGAUCUAAAAAUCACAAAUACUUUCUUCAAAAAAAAGGACAUUCACAAAUACACUUGGGCAGCAAGAGGCUACAGAUCGUUGAUUGACUAUGUUAUAGUUAAUAAGAAAAUGUCAAGUCAAGUUCAAGAUACUAGAGUAUACAGAGGAAGUGACAUCUCAAGUGACCACUAUUUAGUAGCUUCGAAAAUACAGAUGUGGACCAAGUGGAGGAAAAGAAAGAAACUCACACAAAAAGAAGAAAACGAAGCUUAUAAGGUCUACCUCUUACAAACCGAGAGUGUCAGGAAUUUAUAUCAGACCAGACUAACACAGAAGCUCUCUAUGCGGCCAACUGCAUCAUCGGUGGAGGAAGAAUGGAACAUUGUAAGAGAUACGCUAAAAGAUGUAGCCUACGAAACGCUUGGCACGCAAAAAUUAAAAAAAAGAAAAAAAGGUUUAAAAAUUUGGAACGAAGAGAUUUCUGAAGCAAUAAGGAAUAAGAAGAAGGCUUACAAACAAUUACUACAAUCUCCAACAGAUCAGGCAAAACAAAAUUAUAGAAUAAAGCGCAAUAUAGCAAAAACUAUUGUCAGGAAAGCACAUGAAGACUCAUGGGACAGGUUCAUUUCAGGAAUUGAGGAUGAUUUACAUGGGAGGCAGGAAGUUGCCUAUAAACUAAUAAAACACCUCAAUAGUGAUGUGAAGGAAAUGGCUAAAAUAGAAAACAUAGGCAAAGAAGAAUGGAUUCAGCACUAUAAGGAUUUGUGGUACAAAAGUGAUGUACCAUUUAUGGAAAAAGCACAACAGUUGCAAAGAAAGAUAGAUGGUAUUGAUCUGAUUGGUAUUGAGGAAUUAGAAGAAGCCCUUAGACAAACCAAGAAUAGAAAGGCAACAGGAUUGGAUCACAUAAACUCAGAACUACUGAAAUAUGGAGGCACACUUUUAAAAUUUCGCCUACUUCACUUGAUAAACAUGUGCUGGACCUCAAGGUGA